AUGACUUCGACUCUCAACGCCGUCUCCUCUGCUAACGGAGCGUCGGGCAACAAUUCCAUGCCUCCGAAUUCCUCGUCUGCCACAUCAAGACCAGCCAUGCGCUCAAAUAAUGCCACUCUCAAAACCACCGCCAGCACCGAUGGAGGUCGAAGGCAGGCUUCGAGCCCCGUCGAUGCUGUCCAAAGGCGCAAUAAUCCCCCAAAGGCCUGGACACAACCUACGAACCCUAUUUCCCAGAAACCCUCAUAUCCAAAUCAGAACAGAGGUGCUCCACAGCGAAAAUCUACACUCUCCCCCAAGUCAAUGGCGUCGAACAGGGAGUCUAAUACCCCUGACAUGCAUGCCAAUGAUCGCCUUACCUUUCUUUUGGCAGCCUGCAUCGGUUUGAACGCUACCAUCACAACCAGGAGCGGAGAGAAGUAUUCGGGUAUUUUUUCGGGCUCUUCGCUGGAGUCGAAUGAGUCCUCAUUCACACUUAAGAUGACACAACGUUGCUCCUCCCCACAGCCAGACCGCAGCAGGUCGAAUGCCCUCAGCGACCACGCUAGCCCUUACAUGGGAUCAGGCGUAGAUUACCAGAUGGUUUUUAAUGUCCAGGAUAUUGUGGACGUCGGUGUUGAAAACGUCACCACGUCGGGAAUCGCCGCGAAGGAACAGAAUGGAACUCCAACGGGAUUUAAAACCGAUGCUGAUAUCUCUGGUGGCCAUGCAAUUCGGGAAAGAGAACUCCAGCGUUGGGAACCUGGUACGGACGCACCUGCCGAUAUGUCCUUGGAAAGCUCAGGCUCUGCAAACUGGGACCAAUUUGAAGUAAAUGAGCGCCUUUUUGGGGCGACUACAAGCUACGACGAGAAUUUGUACACUACGAGAAUCGAUCGUUCGGACCCAUCGUAUAAGCGCAAAGAAGCUGAGGCAGCUAGAAUCGCACGCGAGAUCGAAUCCAGUGAUACAGAUAAUGUCCACAUGAGAGAAGAACGUGGCUUGAUCGCCGAAAAUGAUUACACAAACGAAGAGGACAAAUACAGUGGUGUUCGUCGUGAUGAUUUCCCUCCUCUGCAAUCAGGGCAACCGAACAAGUAUACCCCACCUGCGAGAAGAGCACCCACUAGCCACCCGACCGUACCCGGCGCUCCUGUAGAUCCAGCAAUCAUCAGUGCCCAAAUUGCAAGGCCUGAGGUGCUAGCCAAACAGCCAACCCAACCCAAGGUCACCGUUACGUCUUCGCACAGCUCUAUUACUGAUGCACCCAAGGAGAAGGCAUCAGAGCCAAAUAAGCCUACCUCGUCUGUUAAACCCACCGCUAGUUCCGAACAAAAGGACAUUACCUCCACGCCCGCGUCGAAUUCCACUGGUCCUCCAAAGCGUAAUGGAGCAGAGAAUGCCUCGUCCAACGUGGAGGCCGAAGUGCUCGAUCAUUUCCGCCAGUUCGCGAACAAUGAAAAAAUGAAACUUCAAGAACGCCGUCGUAAUCAAGCUUCCUACGACCGGACAAUUAAACUCAAUGAGCUAAUGAAAUUUUCCAAGAAUUUCAAACUUGGAACGCCUGUUCCCAAGGACUUGGUGCCUAUCCUGGCCAAGGAUCCGAGUAAACAGGAGGAAAUCGUUGAAAAAGCACGUCGACAACAUGAGGAGAAGCUUGCUGAAGCUGCCGCCAAAGCUAGCGGCUCAAAUGCUCCACCCUCUGCGGCCGCUGCUUCAGCUGCCGAACUCAAACCUUCCGUACCUCGCACUGCUGGGCCUUCUCGAUAUGAGGCCGGUACGACACCUCCUGUGGCACCAUCAGAUCGACAACAGUACCCCCGUGGCCGCCAAGGGUACCAACCAAUGGGGCCUCAUGCUGGUCCAGGUGGACGUCCUAUGGGACAUCACAACGGGCAUCCUGGACGAUCUGGGCCAGGCCUUUUGAGCCAUCGCCUGGCGGAUAUUCAGCAACAGCGCAAAGGCGGAGCUAUGGGUCCUGCUAUGCCUCCACCUCCCCCCAUUCAAGAUGGCCGUAUGCCACCCUCCGGACCCAUGGGCGGUGAUCUUACCAAUACCAGCAGUCCUCAUAAACCUCUCCAAAGCCCAACGUCAGCAACAUCAACGAAAUUCAAUGUCAGAGCACAUGAAUUUAAGCCUAACCCAACUGCGAAUACCUUUACACCUGCAGGAACAUCUGCCAUAUCUUCUAGCCCUGCAUCUAAUGCAAGGACUCGAUCGAUUUCUCGUACUGCUAGUCCGUCCGCAUUAUUUGGCUCUAAGAAACCCCUGCCAGCAUCGGAACGGCCAUCAGUUAAUGACCACUUCAACCCCAUUAAGCGGAUGAGAAAUGAAGCAACAGAGCAGAGUAUUAAAGACUACGCAUUUAAUGGUGGAAUUCCCCAAGCUUAUCGAACUCCCCCAACAUGGGAUGUUGCUCCGAUUAAUGCGGAGAAAACUUACGCUGAUAUGUUCAAAGCUCCUGUACCUGCCCCUACAAUUUCACCCCAAAGGGCUGCAUCUAAUCCUCAAAUACCACCUCAACAUCAGCUUCCAUAUCACCUUCAGCACACUGUCCCUCAGACAACUGGCCCUCCACAGGUUCAUCCUCAUCCGCACGUACAAGCACAUCACCCAUCGGGACAUCCACACUUCGAUGAUCCCCAUCGCAUGCAAAUUUCUACUUCGACCUCACAAGUUUACCCGUCACCCCGACUCCAACCGAGUCAUGUGGCAUACCCCUCUCCCAUGGGCCAUCAUGCCCAACUAGCAUUUGGUCCCUCGGUUCCGCAAUUCUACCCGGGGCAAGGCCCCCAACCUUCUCACAUGAGACAUUACCCCAGUGGGCCACAGUUUAUUAACCCACAAAACGGUAUGGGCGCACCUAUGAUGGUCCAACAGCCAUCAAAUGGUCCUUAUGCAGGUAUGCCUCAGGGCAUGAGUGUCCCGUAUAACCCUCAAAUGUCGAUAUACUCCCCGAAUACUGGGCAUGCCUAUCCGCAACAUGUCCCCCCACCACCGCAACCACAUAGUGGCUUUCCCAGCCCAAACCGAGGAGCAGCCAUGAUGAUGCAUCAAGGCUCACAACAGGGCCACCCACAUCAGCCUGUCAUGUUCAUGAACUCCGGACAGCAUGGACAACUUGUCUAUGCUCCACAGCAUCAAGCCCACAUGCGCUCUGGUUAUCCUCAGCAUCAGCAGAAUCAUUUCAACACUAGUCCUCAUCAAGCGCAUUAUUACCCACAUCAUCAACAUAGAGCCCAGAACAAUCACUACAAUCAAAUGCCACACAUGCCUCACCCCCAUAUGCAACCGCAAGGACCACCACAAAAUGUCCCGUCGGGAUCUAAUGCUCCGGAGGCUGUUGACGAAGUUAAAUGA